ACACCAUCAGUUUUGGUGCGUUUUUCCUGCCUCGGUGAAGCAUUUUCGACAAAAGUGGAAAUUUUCCUCGGUGGCGGGCGCGAUUUUUCCGGGCGGUUCGGGCUUUUUUUUCGCGGUUUUCGGUGGCUCGCGUCGCGUUUGUGGGCUCACGAGCCUGCUUUGGAGUUGGAGCCCGUUUUCGGGAGCCUUCGUCGUCGUCGUUCGGUGCGAGAGCAGCUGAUCGUCCGCGUGUGCGUUUUUUUUCUUCUUUCUUUUGUGCCGCGAGUGUGUUUGUGUGUGACGACCACGCGGGGGUGUUUGUGAAGGCUUGAAGGCGCCAAUCACGGAAAGGGCACACGACGCGAUCGAUGGCGCCGUGUGGUGCCCCCGGGGAGCGGCAAUGUCGGUCAAUGGCACGAAGCGACCGAAAGGGGUUUAGGUGAAUUCACCUCACUUUUCGUGUGCUAAAGAAGAGUAGUUUCCAGGUGGGGCAAGAGAAAAGGGAGCGGGGGUUAAAGUGACGGGUUCGCACACCUCUCUCACUCGGGCUGUUGUUUAUUAUCGUGAUCAAGUGUAAAAGUGCGCGCUGUCGUAGCUUUUUGCAAUGGCGAAAAGAAAUGUGAUCCCCGUCCGUCACCUCCGUAGCACCCCUCCGAAUCCGUCAAACGUCGCCGUCACGGCGAGAGAGCAUCAGUAGCAGAAGUAGUAGCAGCAGCAACCGCGGGAGAAAGAAGCUGAGAAGCACACACUAGUCGUAGUGCUCUGUAGUAAAAGUGUAGUGUGUUGUUUGGCACGGGGGCAGAACAACACGCACGCACACGUUGUGGUGCGUGCUUAAGCAACACGUUGAUUGCUGAAGAUCGAAGUGAGGAUUUACUGCAGUUAUGAAAUGAUUUGAGUGGUUGUAUGAAAAAAAAAUUAAAUGUGUUUAACGAAGAGAAGAAAAUGUAAAGGAAGUUAUUGUGUGAUAAGUGAUUAAAUGUUGAGUUGAAAGGCAGUCACCCACCGAAAUCUCAUGCCAAGUGCAAAGCUUGGUGUCCCAAGGACACAUCAGUGAUGUUCAGUGUGUAAAAUCAAGAGGGGCGAAAAGGGGGAGGAGUGAAAUCCGGCAGCCGCAGUGGCCCCCCAGAAUGUGUCCAGUGGUGCCGCGGGGGCCGUCAGCCGAACGUACGGGCUGAUCUUUAUGCUGCUGACACUUUUGCUCUCGUCGGCGAGUCCCCUAGCGGUGCCAUCAGCGGCACAGUCUCAGAAUCAUCACCGGAAAAGUGUUGUAGUGCCGAGUAGUUCUAGCGUAUCAUUCCUGGCCGGUCAACAAAUGCAGCAGCAGCAGCAACACCAUGGCGGAGGUCAGCGGAGAACUGAGUCGGUUCUGCCGAGUUGGCCGGACACCCCACCGGAUCUGUACAACAUCACGCUCAGCGCAAUGAAGCAGUACAUUCGAAGCCAACUGAACUCUACCCGGUUCGCGAAGGGACCCCGAAAGCGAUCCCACCACCACUUCUCGGACGCCGACCUGGACUUUUAUCAGAAGCUCAAAGAGUUCAACAAUACCCAACAGUCCGGAUUCGUUCCGCACCCCGUACUAGGUUUUAGCAGCAACAGAUCGUCUCCGCCAUGGCUCAAUCAGUCAAAUUCCGUCCGGGAGCCGGUUGGGGUGGAGUUACCACUCAAGGAAGAGGAGCGGAUGGUCCCGUGCGGGAUCGUUCCGGAGCAGUCCCGAGCAGCUGCCGCCGACGCUGGUUCUGUGGACGCGGUUGGUGGUAGUGGCCAGAAGGAAGAAAACGUCCUUAUGGACGAUCCUCGCGAGUACAUUCCGAGGGUAUCGUCUGCGGGUGGCGUCUAUCAGCACCGACCGGUGGCGAAAACGACCAGCUGGGAUGCCGCCUUCGUAAGACAUAAAGGAUACGUGUACUUCCUGCUCUCGUUCUCGCUGAUCGGCAUCGUCGUGCUCGGGCUGUUCGGUGCGUACCGGUGUCUUCGCGUGGCCACCGUCCUUGGCCGCGGCACCGGCACCCAGACGUCCGAGGCACUGGCCACCCUGCCCAUCCAGUUCAUCACCAGCGACGACCUUGCCGCAGCAGUCGCAGCAGCAGCAGCAGCAGGAGCAUCCAUAAACGCCGACUCGAACCAUCUGCCUGUACCCAUGCUAUCGGUACAGUCGCCCGGCUGCGCGGGGAUGGAGCGGCUUGGCGUUCCUGCCCGCAGUUCGAUUGGAUCACCACCACUCCGAGAUGAACGAAAUCGACGAUUACGAGUGGACAGCGGCACCUCCGGCACCGCCGCCGCCAUCAACAGCAACUCUUCCACCAUCUAUCAACAUCAUCCCAACGUGCACAGCCAUCACAGCCAUCAUUCAGCAGUAGGAAACAGCAGCAACAGCACUAGCAGUAAUUUUAUGAGCAUUCAUAACCACCACGCCCAGUUCCACCAAGCGACGACGACGAGCCGGACGACUGACCAAAAGGACACCGGAAGUUCUGGCGGCAGUUCGAGCAACAGCUAUCUCAAGGCGGCCAGCACCGGGAGCAGCAGCACCAGCAGUAGCUUCUACGGCACGAUCAACAACAACAGCAACAACCUGUGCAGCGCCAGCACCAUCAGCAGGUGUCCGCACCACGUGGCCCUGCCGGAUGGGGAACGGGGACCGGACCGGGACCUGCAGAUACGGUCGUCCAGCCAGCAAUCGGAGAUCCCCCGCACGUACGUCAAGGCCCCGCCCAACAAGACGGUCCGCGACGUGCCCGUCCAGCACCAGCAGCACCACCACCAUCCGUCAUCGUCCGUCGGUGGCAUCGGCUCGUCCGUGUCCUCGUCGGCGUCGUCGUCCAUGAACAAUCUCACCAGCCAGCACGCCCGGUUCGGGGGCAGCGGCAGUGGCAUCAGCCUCGGCAACCGGGCCCUGGUCAACAGCAUGUCGACCAUCGGGUCCAGCCAAGCGGCGGCAGCUGCGGCCAAGUCGGACAAGCAGAAGAAAACAAUCCUGUGGUUCCUCGCAGGUAACAAAGCGUCAAAAACGUCGGCUAGUAGUCAUAACAAUAACAAUAUUGGACCUAACAGUAGCAGCGGCGCAGCUGGUUGUAACAAUAAUACUAUAAGCUAUCAAACGCGAAGCAAUCCGACGGCGUCGUCGGCGUUGGCCGCGGCCAGUAUGAGCGGGAGUCGGAGCGGGUUGAGCUCGUCCAGUCAUCUAGCAGUAAGUGGAAUACAUUCACAUAAUCAUCACUACCGGCAGUCGACGGCAUCGACGGUUCAGCAGCGGCACCAGCCGACCUCGUCGAUUCCGAGUAGUGCCAGCGGAAGUAGCACCAACAGCAGCAGCAGCACCAGCACUCCGAUGUCGGUGUCGGCCAGCCCGAGCCCGGACACGAGCACGCACUACAUGUGACAGGACGGCCGACCCGCGCCGGACAGUUGAAAUGGUGCACACCGUGAAGAGGUGCUGCUGCUGCUGCGGCGCCAGCCGCUCUGUCCUUCCGACGAGUCGUGUGACGACUCGUCGGAUUCGGCCCGGAAGGUUCCGCUGCAGGACGUCGGCGUCUGUCACCGUCGGCGUCGGCCCCGUCUGGGCGGCUGCCCCGUGGUGGCACUCGAGUGUGACGACCGGCUGUAGAUCGGACGUCGAAGGAUCUCAGAUCAGAUUGUGUUUGCCUGUAGCUAGAGGAUUUAUUUUGGUUCUUUCUUCGUUGCUGGUGAUGAUGACGAUGAUUAUGGCGGCUUGGUAAAUAUUGGUUCCGCGUCGGCAACCCGCUCCUUCUCCUUCUAAGCUGCUUAGUUGCAAAGGGAAAGGUGAGGCGUUCUUUUUUCUCUUUUGAAAUUGAUUUGAAACUUCUAAGAACAAAAAAGCAAUGAUUGAUGAUAAUUGAGUCUGUCGCACCCGCCAUUUCGACGUUCCGAGAAAAAAAUGCGUUUUAAUGUUUGACCUUGAAUAAA